AUGAACAAUACUAAUGGAAAUUUCAGAGAGGAAGCUAUUCCUUUCGUUGUAUAUAAUCCAGAAAAAAGAUUAUUUGAGAUCAAUGAAGAGGCAUAAGAUUUUCUUAAGUAAUUGCAGGGGCCUCUUGGUAUCAUAUCAGUGGCAGGUAUGUAUAGAACAGGCAAAAGUUACCUUCUAAAUCGUAUGUUGCUAAAUAGAUCUGGUGGGUUUGGAGUUGGCCCUACUAUAAAUCCUUGCACAAAGGGAGUAUGGAUAUGGGGAAAACCAAUUUCAGGAUUUACACCAGAAGGAGACCCAAUUAAUGUUCUGGUUUUGGACACUGAAGGUCUAGGAGCCUUGGAUGAAGACUCUAACCAUGAUGUGCGUAUCUUUUCUCUAGCUAUCUUGAUCUCUUCCUUUUUUAUCUAUAACUCAGUGGGAUCAAUUGACGAGAACGCACUUUCAAAUCUUUCACUCGUUAUCAACUUGACCAAGCACAUUCAUUUGAAAUCAACUGGCUUGCAGGAGGAUGUUGACCCAGAGGAGUAUUCUUAGUAUUUCCCGUCGUUUAUGUGGGUCGUUAGAGACUUUGCUUUAUAGCUAAUUGAUAUGGAAGGUGAGCCAAUGACAUCCAAAGAAUAUCUUGAAAAAGCGCUCCAACCAUAAAAGGGAUUCUCAGAUGGAGUUGAACAAAAGAAUCGUAUUCGUAGGAUGCUUAAGUCAUUCUUCAAAGAGAGAGAUUGCUGCACAAUGAUCAGACCAUUGACUAAAGAAGAAAAUCUACAAAACUUGGAGAAAAUGGAUCUUGAGGAAUUGAGGCCUGAAUUUAUCGACUAAGUCAUGCAACUUAGACGCAAAGUAAUCAACAGAAUAAAGCCAAAGCUAAUGCAUGGCAAGAAGCUCAAUGGUCUCAUGCUUUAUAAUCUCUGUCUCUCAUAUGUAGAUGCCAUAAAUAAAGGCGCUGUCCCAAACAUUGAGUCGGCUUGGAGCUAUAUUUGCAAAAAUGAGUGUUUAAAGGCUUAAUAGGAGGCUUACGACAAGUUCGAAAAAAGUUUCUCUGAUAACUUUGAAAUCAGAUCUCCGCUAUUUGAAGAUGAGUUGAAGGAAAUCUAUAUUGAAGCUAAAAAACUUGCAAUGGAUGAAUUCAGUAAAGUAGCUGUGGGAGAGGUCCAAAGGUAGUUCCUUAUUGAAUUGAAAGAUAAGAUAAAACACAAAUUUAAUCAGCUAAGGAUCGAAAAUGAAAAACAAGCUGAGUAACAAAGCAUUAUUUAUUUGUAAAAUAACUAUGUUUCUAUUGAGAAGAAACUAAAGAACCAAGAGUAUGGCUCUAUCUAUGAUCUUUGUGAAGAGCUCAAAAACUUCUAGCAGUAUUGCCUUGAAAAUGGGCCUCCAGGACCGAAUAGAAGAUAAAUUCUAGCAGAGUUUUGCUUGAAAGCUCUGGCUGAGGCUUCAGAAUUUUUCUUUAAAAAUAUCACUAAUGAACUUAUGAUUUAGAGGUAGAUUGCUGAUGAAACAUUGAAGAAACUUCAAAAUGAAAUUAAAGAGUCAAGAGAUGAAUAUAGAACUAAAGUUGACUUCUUUGAGAAUAAAAUUCGUACAAUAGAAAUCGAGAGAGCAGAGAUUUCAGCAAAGGAGUAAAGUCUGAAGGAGAAUCUUCAACAGAUCUUGAAAGAACGAGAGUCAAUUGAACUUGAGUUAACCGAGAAGAUCAACCAUAUGAAAAAGGAUCACAUGAGGCAGAUGGAUGAGUCUAAGAACAAGCUUCAACAGAGUGAGGAACAGCAAAAGGAAAUCCAUAGACAGAGAAUGUCUGCUGAAAGUGAAUUCGACAAGCAAAAGGCUUUGCUAGAGUAAAGAGUUGAGUUCUAUGAAAGGCAAUUAGACGAUGCAUAAAAGAAGGAAAAGGAGUUGUCAGCUGAGGUCAAGCAGCAAAAGCGUGAGCACUUCAAUUCUGUUAAGGAUAUUCAAUCCAAACUUGAGUAAUAGAUCAAGGACAUGAAUAAAAAGGCUGAAGAGCAGUCUGAGUUACUGUUUGAAUGGGAAUCUAAGUAUUAGGACUUAGAGACUAAGUACGAAUAGGAUACCCAAAAAGUUGAGGAGACUAAUAACCAGUACAGGAGAGAUCUUACUAAAACUAAAGAUCAAUUCCUUGAAUUGCAAAGACAGCACGAUGUUUUAAAGAAGAAGUAUAAUGACGAGGUUGAUCUUAUGAAGCAAGUCUAAGAGGAUGAAAAAAAUACUAAAGGUGAAAGAAUCCAAGAACUUGAAGCCAAAAUCAAAUAAGUUGAAGAAACUUUUGACAUCGCCAAAUAAAAAUGGGAAAAAGAUCAAGCAAUCUUCAAGCAAAAACAAGAGUUCUAUGAGUUCUAACUUAAGGAGGAGAGGACUAAGAAUGACGAUUAGAAGGCCGCUCAUGAUUAGAUGAUCAGAAAUUUGCAAAGUAGAGAGAGAGACUCAGUCAUUGGCAAGGAGGAAGCCUCACGAAGGGUUCAGGAGAUCAAGGAAUCUCAUGCAAUCGAGUAUCAAGAACUUGAGUAGAAAUACGAAAGCAUUAGAAGGCGACUAACUGAGAGCAUUGAUCAGUUGACUGAACGCAAUUAAGAACUUGAACUCUCACUUAAAAUCCAUCAAGAGGACAGUCAAAAAGAAAUCUCUCAACUUAAGGAGCAGUUGAUGAGUUCUGAAGAUAUGAAGAACCGUGCUCAAGAGUAAAUAAAGAACCUAGAUACUUAAAAGAUGAAGUUAAUGGAAGAGUCUGAAGAAAGAACCAAAAUCAAACUGUUUGAAUUAGAAAGAGAACUUGAAGACAAGACUCGAGAUCAUGAUGAAUAGAUCCAGGAGAUGCAAAAUAAGAGUGAGGAGUAGUUGACAUAACUAAAGAUAUAUUAUGAGCAAGAAAGAGAGAGACUGGAACGCCGUAUCAUGGAAGAGAAGGACAGAGCAUAGAGACGCUACAAUUAAAUGCUUGAGGACUACGAGCAAAAGCUAAAAGAGGAGUAGCAGAGAUACGAAGAGGAUACUGCUAUGGCUCAAGAUGAGUGGAAUGAAAAAGAGCACUAGAUGUAAGACUAUAUCAAUCAAUUGGAGCAUGACAUUAGCCUCAAACUGCAACAGAUUGAGUCCCUCGACAGGUACUUGAAUGAGACUAAGGACGCUCUGAAUAAGUUGCAAAACAUGUCCAACACUCAAAUGGAACAAUACCUCGAUAAGUUUAAUGAAGAGAGGAAAGAGCUGAUUUCCAAGAUUGAGAAGCUCACAGCUGAGAUCACCAGGAAGGAAAGAGCGAUAACCACUCUUGAGAACCAAAAAGAGACUCUAAUACAACAAGUCGGUUCCAAAGAGAAAGCCAUAGCAGAAAUGAGAUCAGAGACAAGCAGUGAAAAGAAUGAUCUUAGUGAUAAGAUUGAGGCAAUGAGAGCCAAGCAUUAAGAGACUCUGGAUGAGUUAACUCAAAAAAAGAUUGAGUUUGAGAGAGAUAAGGCUCUAAAGAGUUAAUAACUGUAAUUCCAAGAAUAGAGAAUCAAUGAACUCAGCAGAUAGUUAGAAGAUACUAUCAAGCGCUAUGAUGAAAGACUCAGAUUUGAAAGAGAGGAAUCUUAGCGAGAUAUGCAAGAAAAGGUAUCUCGCAUCUAGGCUGAGAAAGAUUCUACUGACUAAAAAUACGACUAGAAACGUAAAGCCCUCAAGGAUCUAGAGACAAACUUGAACAAGAAUAUGUCUUAGUUUGAGAGAGAGCGCGCAGUUCAGAUUGAAAAGUACCAGAACUUGGAAAACCAGAACAAGGAACUGCUUAAGAACUACGAGUAGGAAGUCACCAGACUCAGAGCAGAUAAUGAGCAAUUGAAUGCUGCUCUUCAUGGAGACAAAGCUAUGAUUCAAGAAGAAGUUGAAAAGUGGAAGAGGGAGUUCAAUGAACUAGAAAGAUAAUAUCAAGAGGUUAAUAAUAGUUACGAUAAGGAUAAGGCACUCUGGGAAGGAAAAUUCAAGUUCUUAGAGCAAUAAAGAGACACAGCUAAGCGUGACUUUGACGAUGCUCAGCGUAAAUUCCAAUAAACAGUAGAGUCUCUCUAAAAGCAGCAAAAUGAUGAUAAGAACAAGAGAGAGUCUUCACACUCUAUGAUGAUGAACCAACUAGAGACUAAGUUCUAGCAGCGCAUCAAGGAGAUCUAGGAGUCACAGUCUCAACUAGUUAGUGAACUUUAGAAUAAAAACAAAUAACUUGAAAGAGAAAACAAACUACUGCAUGAAAAAUCAGAACUUAACAAUAGAUCAAAACAGAAUGAGCAGGGCAGUUUGGAAAAGAAGCUUGAGAAGGCUCUAGAAAACGAAGCUAGGAUGGCUGAGGAACUAGACCAACUCAAGAAUGAGAGAGAUAAUAAAAUCAUCGAAUAUUAAAGACUCCUUGACAAAGAGAGAGAAACCUAUAAAUAAAAACUGAGAGAUCUUGAAGGCAAAGGCUCUAGUGUCACAAUCAAGUAAACUGAAUAAAUGCUUAGCUUUGAAAAAGAGAGAGCUAAAUGGGAACAUGAGAAGAGCUACUUAUUGAGCUAGAAGGAAGAUGCUAUUGAGGCUCAAUAAAGAUUAGAAAAGAAAGUUGAGAGUCUGCUCAGGGAAAAUGAAAAGUAUAAAAACGAUCUUAGAAAUAGUAGAAAGAAUAUGUACCAAGCUGCUGCCAAUACUAGCAAUUAUCAAGCUGCUACAAUUGGGCAUAGUAUAUUAAAUAAAAUGGGAGGAGGCUAGUUUGGAGCUAAGCCUACUGGAGGAGCCGGAGGACAACCAUCAACUGGCCUAGCUGGUCUGUUCUCUAAUACAGUCUUUGGAAAAGAUGGUUCUGGAACUGAGAGAUCCAACUACCUUGGUAAAGACAGUGGCGUAGAUAAGUCAUUCGUUAGCUCUAGUGGAGGUUUUAUGAGUGGAAGCACCCAUGGAGCAGUAGGUGGUAUUGGAGGUCUUGGUUCAGGUGGUCUUGACUCAUCACUUAUGAAUAACAUUCUUUCAACCCCAUCAAGUGAAAAGUCUCAUGGAAGAACUAGCGCUUUCUCUCCCACUGAUACUGAUAGACAACAAUGA